AUGAUCGACGCCGUGCACGUUCCCCAGAUCUCCAUUUCCUUCGCCCCCGACGAGGCGCCCGCCCCCGAGCCCUACUCGCCGUUCCCCUGGGGUGCGCCGGCGGAGGACCUUGACGACGGCUACCGCCCGAGCCUGCUCUCGCCCCCGCCCAAGGGUCUCACGCUCCCGCGCAAGCAUUCGCCUCUCCGUCCGUCCGAGUCGGUUGAGGCGGGCGGCCGGGGACUCGAGGCCGACCGUUUUGCGGCACUGCUGCGCUCCUCGCGCGAACGCAACGCCAAGCGCGAGAAGACGGUCGACCUGAGGAAGGAAAUUGCGGUCAAGGCGCACCACAAGAAGCAGCUUGAACGCCGCGCCCUCUUCCUGUCCAAGAUCAAUGCCCCGCCCUCGCCUACUGCGACGGGAACGCCCAAGACGCCUCCUGAAUCUCCCGCUAUCUUCCACUACACGCUUCCCUCACCAGGGCUGAUCUCGCCGCUUGCCCUCUUUGACGCACUCAACCACGACAGCAACCAAGAGACGGGUUUCCUCACGUACCCUCGCGAGCCAUGGGUCGAGCAGGUGGACUUCCGCAGCAAGUGCACGACGAUUUCAGACGAACAACCGAAGACGCCAAAGCCGGCGAAGCGCUCGCGUCUGCCCUCGCUUGACGACAUCAGCCGCCGCAUGGGCCUCGCUAAAGGUGCCAAGGAAAAUGCUGCUCCCAGCCGCCUGCCCGCAUUCUUGCAGCCCGUGCGUCCGAACCUGCGCCGCAACGUCAGCGCACCGGUGCCAGAAAUCCGUGUGACCGCGCCCGUCGCGCAGGCCAAGCCGCCCGUGCCCUCGAUCAUGGUCACUUCACCGACGCAGCCGAUCGAGCAGCGCGAGCGCGCGUCCAUCGACAUGCUCUCUACCCUCCGCCGUCGUUCCCCGAGCGGUGGUGAGAGUGAAUUGCGCAAGCCCGCACCGACACCGGCGGAACCGCGUAUCGAGAUGGACCUCGGGUCGACGGCGCGCGAGCCCAGGCUCGAGAUGCUCAAGGGGUUGCGCGGCCAGGCACCGAGGGACGCGCCGGCCUCGCCGAACCGCCAGCAGCGGUGGAAGCGGCACAGCGCCCCCGCCGAGCUCGUCGCGCGCCCUCGCGCGGGCUUCGCACACCCCGUGCUCUCCAUGCCCGGUGGUUUCUAA